AGCCGCCGGUGCAGCGCCCGGCGGAGCGGGGAGAGCGGCCGAGCCCCGGCCCCGGUCCCGGUCCCGGCCCCGGGAUGAGCUUCCCGCGGCCCCUGCGCCGCUCCGUGAGCCUCAGCCCGGCCCGUUCCCUGCGCCUCGUCGUGCUGGGGCAGAGCGCCGUGGGCAAGACAGCAUUGACCGUAAGAUUCAUCACCAGGAGAUUCAUUGGAGACUACGACCCAACCCUAGAAAUGAUCUACAGACACAUGGCCGUAAUCGACGGGGAGAUGGUGCACUUUGAGAUCCUCGAUACAGCAGGACAGGAGGAGGAUUCCCUGCAGAUAGAGGAGAAGAUCAAAUGGGGCGAUGGCUUCGCUGUGGUCUACUCGGUGACGGACAGGUGCAGCUUCGAUGAGGUCAUGCGGCUGUGUUUCCUCAUCAACCACAUCCACUCGAGCCCCAAGCGGAGCAGCGGGAGCGAGCAGCCCCCCGUGGUCAUCGUGGGCAACAAGAAGGACUUGCAGUUCGACAGGAUGGUGUCCACGGAGGACGGCGAAAACCUCUCCAAAGCCUUGAAGCUUCCUUUCUAUGAGAUCUCCACCCGGGACAGCUAUGAAGAGACUGUGGCGGUGUUCAACACCCUCUACCAGGAGCUCAUGAGACAGGGGCAUUUCUCCCCGGGCUCCUUCAAGAGGAGAACGGUGUCGAAGCUGAUGGAGAAGAUCCCCAAGAUGCAAGCCAGCUCCACCUUGAACUCAGCCGGCCGGAGCCUCAGCUUUAACUCCUUCAGGGAAUACAUCCCUGAGUGACCGUCCCCGGUGCGGAGGCGAGAGCGACAGCCAAGCUGGGACUGAGGGACAAGUUAUCCUGCUGCCAGGGCACCCGCUGCUUCAGCUCCAGGGUCGCGGGGCAGCUCGUGGGGCUGCGCUGGCUCCCAGGAGGGGAAGGUUCAGAGGUGGGGAGGGUGGGAUUGGGGUACAACAGCCUUUUAAAGCCCACAGGCUUUUACAAAUGGGCUUUGUGUCAGCAGGGAAGAUGUUCUUCGUCCGUCUUACCCUUUUGCUCCCUCUUCCUCCUCCCGCGCAGCUGAAGUCAGUAGCGAAGGUGGUUCGUGGUGACUUCAGUGGUGUUGGGUGCACCCUUGGAAGCUCAGAAGCGUUUCGGUGGGGAUCAGACCCAGGACAGAAACGUCCGUAUGGGUCUUCCCACUCCCCUAAGAAAGCUUGCUGGGUCCGUUUGUGCCCCGACGCGUGCACCCACAAUGCCGGGGUGACCCCAAGGGUUGCGCUGGCUCCCGGGCUGUCUUUAGCUGUCCCCGUCCUGGGGAAAAUGGAUGUUGCUUCUGCUGCUCAGUGUUGCUGGUGGGUAAAAUCCCCCAGCUGCUCAAAACCUUCCCAGUCUGGCCGGCUGCUCCGGGGGGCGGUUGCUGCUGACAUCCCCCCGUCAGUGCCCCCAGACCCAGCCACCACACGGGUCGGUGGGUGGCAGAGACCAGCCCGUUUACCCAUCUGCAGCCACCAGCGUCUGUCUGUCGGAGCCCGGGGCUGCGUUUCCAUCUUGGUUUUCCCCUGGGUUUGUGAACUGAAGCUGCUGCAGAGGGGCAGACCCCCGCAUCCCCCCCCCCCCCCCCCGCGGAGGAGCUGCAGGGCCCCAGCUCUGCUGGAGCCCUUCUCCCUCCCUGGCUGCUCACAGGGUGGCACCAAGGGCAUGUUUAAAACCAAACCAGAGAUCUGUUUACAGUGGGGGGAAAAAAAGCCUGUUAAUCCCUGGCUUUUCUAAAAAGACAUUUUUUAACGUUUCAGGCUCCUUGGCGUGCUCUCCUUUAAUAACACUGUAAAUAAAAUCCUGGGCAAAGGGCAGCGAAGGCGGCAGAUGUUGCUGCUCCAUCUCAGGCUGAAGGCACUGCAUCCUCGGUGCUUUGCUGGGGUUUCUGCCUUCGCCGAGUCUGCCCCUUAUUUUUGCAUCGCCAUCUCGCUCAGGGCAGCCCAUCUCCGACGGGAGGCAAGUGGAACAGACUGCAUUUCUGAUGCGUGUUGAAACCUUAGGCUAAGAUCACACUUCUCCAUCCUAGAGGAACAGUAUUCCCAGGUGGCUUCUCCUGUUAAUGCCUUCACCCUGCGACUCAGCUGAGCGUAGCGCGAGCAAAACCACUGGCUGGCAAUUUGAAGCAUGGAUGCAAUGGAGCCAAUGCCAGGAGGUGCAAAUGAUGCUCCUAGCAGGGACCCCCUUGUCUGCUUACUAAUUGCCCCAUCCCCAAAGGGAAAAUCGCUGUGGCCUGAGAAUUUGUCUUUUUGCACAGAGACGGGACAGCAAAGGCAUGGAAAGGAGCAGGGCUUGCAGUGAGCAGCAUCCUCCCGCAGCAUCGUUUCUCUCCCUCCCUCCCGCCUGAUGAGGAGCACUGCGUUGCCGUUCGAGGUGAAUGUGCCGGAAGACCUGCGGUGUAACGCCCGUGUCCCCCCUGUAGCAACCUGUUGCAUCGUCUGCUGCUGCGUCCUGUGACAAUAAAAGCCGAGUUAGCAACCGCC